AUGCAGUACUCAUAUAAAUGCUGUUUUUUCUUGCGGUCAUGUUAUGUUUCUUGCGAGCCAAGUCCCAAGGUUGGCUUACAGUUGGGUCCAAACUGCUAUAGACCUGGCUCGGCAUGUCACGACCCGAGGUUCAUAGGUGGUGAUGGGAUUGUGUUCUACUUCCAUGGAAAGAGCAAUGAACAUUUUAGCCUUGUCUCGGACCCUGACUUUCAGAUCAAUGCUAGGUUCACUGGCCACAGACCCGCUGGACGCACUAGAGACUUCACUUGGAUCCAAGCUCUUGGCUUCCUCUUCAACUCUCAUAAGUUUUCCCUCGAGGCCACCAAAGUGGCCACUUGGGACAGCAGCAUCGACCAUCUCAGAUUUUCUUUCAACGGCCAAGAUUUAGUUAUCCCUGAGGAAAUUCUUUCCACGUGGUACUCGCCAGAAAAAGACAUCAAGAUUGAGAGAGCGACAAAGAUGAACAUCGUGACGGUGACAAUCAAAGACAAAGCAGAGAUCAUGGUUAACGUUGUUCCCGUGACUAAAGAAGACGAUAGGAUCCACAGCUACAAAGUACCUUUGGAUAACUGUUUUGCGCAUCUCGAAGUCCAGUUCAGAUUUUUCAACUUAUCACCAAAAGUCGAUGGAAUCUUGGGACGCACUUAUAGGCCUGAUUUCCAAAACGCGGCUAAGCCUGGAGUCGCAAUGCCAGUUGUUGGCGGCGAGGAUAACUUUAGGACAUCUUCUUUGCUCUCUCAUGACUGCAAGAGUUGCAAUUUUACCGGUUUAAGUGGCUCGAUCAAAACGGAGACUGAACACACACUGUUGGAUUGCACUCGUGGGGCGUAUUCCGGAUACGGAUUCAUAUGCAGGAAGUGAUGUUCUAUCCUAACUUCAUUUGGAGAAUAAUUAAAAGCAAGCAAAUGUGUAAUUUCUAAUAUUUAUAUGUUCAUGAAUCAUGAAGAAUAAAACAUUCAAACGUAACCAUUUUAUUUAUUUUUCUCCGUUGAGAAAAUAAUAAUCUAAUCUGAGAAAACAUUACACUUUUGCAGCCCAUCAAAAAAGUUGGAUCAAACUAAGCCUUACCGAAUCGGUAAAAGCCCAUAUAAAUCCCUAUUUUAUUUACAUCAAUUGCCACUCUACCCACAUCCAAGGAUUUUUAACCUUUUUACUUUUUUAACCCAUCUGAAUGAA